AUUCAAUUUAAGUUUUACGCCGCGCUCGGAAGGAUCGUCGGUCCGUCGGUCAAACUCAUCCGCCGUAUCGUGCAUCGUAGCUACUGUUGUAGCAGAGAAUUGUACUCAGAUCAGCAGUUUUACAAUCAGUGUCAUUCUGUUCUAUGAGUGAAAAGUUGCUUCUCUAGAAAAUCCCCCUUCCAGGAAAUUGUGUCCAUAGUUUGUGUAAAAGUUUUACAACCACCAGCCAGCAGCUGAAGAAAAUAAUCCAAGAACGAGUUGUAAUCUUCCGGUUUUGCCUGUUUGAAGGACAUUCGAAAGAGUGCUGGUGCUAUUGUAGUUUCGCAAGGACCCGCGAGUGUAGUGUGCUGUGCAUUUGCCAAAAAGAUGGCAAAGUUUCCUGCAAUGUUGGCGAUUUGUGCAAUCGUUUGCGGUUUAGUCACGCUCGGCAGCGGACACACGUACAAAACUGGAGAAUGCCCCACGGUGGAACCGUUGAGUGGCUUCAACAUGCAGCAGUUCCUAGGCGUGUGGUACGUGAUCCAGAAGACGGGCACCUCGUCCAGUUGCGUCAUCUACAAUGUCACCAAGACGGACGAACCGGGCGAGUACGACAUCGAACAGGUAUCCCAGCGGAACCCGCUCUCCGUCGGGCCGCUCAAGCACGAGUACAGCUACACCGGCAAGCUGACCGUGACCGAUAAGGACGUCCCGGCUCGGAUGACAGUUCGGUUCCCGUUGAGUGUGGCUGGUUCGGCUAAGUUUGUCGUGUUCAUGAGCGAUUACAGCACCUUUGCCGGAGUGUAUUCGUGCCAGAAGAUUCCAUUCGGACAUCGUCAGAGUGCCACUAUCCUGUCGAGAACUCGCGAUUUGGACAAAAUCUACGUUGAUAAGAUCCGCAACCGCCUGUCCGGCUUUUCGGUCGAUCCGUUUGACCUGAGCAUCAUCGACCAAACCGGAUGCCCCAAGGAGGGCGAAGCCGGCUUCAACAUCCACAUCGACUCGAACACCUUCUCGACGAAGAACAUUGCCAACGUGUUCCGCAAGGCCGGCGAAAAGAUCGGCGAUGGGUUCGAGUAUGCCGUCAACGCGGGCAAAAAGAUUUACCACCAGUACACGGACUCGGGCAGCAGCAGCGAACAUGGCGGCAGCCCCAGCGGCGGCGGUCAUCGGGUAGAAAAACUCACCAUGCCCCAGAAUCCCGAUGCCGAGUGGCUUCCGUAAGCGUACCCGAACACCGGAAACCGGACUCCUCCUCUGGUGUAGUAGUAGUAGGUAGUAACCCUUUGCUCUGCUCGGAAUGUCGAAGGUCAACCGUUGUGCUUCCAAUCACAGUGCAGUGUGCGGCGUGGCAGGAGCGGUUGUGUUGAAAGACUAUACUAUUGAAUUUCCACUCAGUUAUAUUCGGAUUGAAACGUUGAAAUAAAUGCUUUUUGCGGGGUUAGCUCA